AUGGGUGUGGAGAGCCACACACCAGCUCUCCUGGGGCUGAAGCUGAGUGCGGAUCAGCUGGCCCUGGUCUACAGCACGCUGGGGCUCUGCCUGUGGGCCGUCCUCUGCUGCUUCCUGAUGGUGGUGGCCUGCUUCCUCAAGAAGGAGGGUCCCUGCUCCUGCUAGCCCUGCUCAAGGCCCUGUCAAAGUCCGGCCAAGUCUUCCCAGGAUCACCAGAUGAAAGCCGACAGCCCUGUGGGCACAUCACCUAAGCCAGUGGAGACCUGCAGCUUCUGCUUCCCCGAGCACAGCACGCCCACCCAGGAGAGCGCGGUCAUACCUGGGACCCUCAACCCUUACCUGUAUCUCCAGUGCUCAGUUCUUAAGCAUCUGCUGCAAGUGUGGGUGACCCCCAUUGUGGAACGAGCCCACUCUCUGCUGAGUGCGGAUCAGCUGGCCCUGGUCUACAGCACGCUGGGGCUCUGCCUGUGGGCCGUCCUCUGCUGCUUCCUGAUGGUGGUGGCCUGCUUCCUCAAGAAGGAGGGGUCCCUGCUCCUGCUAGCCCUGCUCAAGGCCCUGUCAAAGUCCGGCCAAGUCUUCCCAGGGGGUUCUCAGGAUGCAGGGCCAUCAGGGCUAAGCCCUGGAGGAGGUGUCUCUUUGGUGGGCAUGGCAGGCUUGGGGCUGGGCAGAAGUGAGAGCCAAGAUUUGCCUGCUCACCCCUGCCCCAGCACAUGUUCUGAUCACCAGAUGAAAGCCGACAGCCCUGUGGGCACAUCACCUAAGCCAGUGGAGACCUGCAGCUUCUGCUUCCCCGAGCACAGCACGCCCACCCAGGAGAGCGCGGUCAUACCUGGGACCCUCAACCCUGUGGGUGAUGGAAGGUGGAGGCAUCCUGUGAGGGUGCCCUGA